AUGACUGUGGAUGAAUUGCAAGAUAGGGCGACCAAAUUCAUCAGAAUCGAGGAGAUGCGAGCUGUCAAAAAAAGGCAGCAUAAGCAUAAUACUUCGGUCCUAAGCCAAGAAAAGAAAGAAGACGUUCAUCCCAAACGAACAGAAAAAGGCAGAAAGUUCAAAGAUUGUCCGAAAGGGCCUCGAUUUGAACGAUAUACCCAGCUAAACGCACCAAGGGCAAGAAUUUUAGAGGAAGCCUUGAGUGCGGAUCUUCUUCCACCCUUGAAGCCUAUUCGGCCCUCCAAGAAUGCGGAUGGAACUAAACAUUGCACCUAUCAUUUGAAUAUAGGGCACACCAUUGAAGAAUGCACGAUUUUAAGGGACAAGGUUGAGGAGUUGGUGCGAGCAGGACAUUUGAGGAGAUUUGUGAAAAGUGAUCGGGUGGAGAGAAGUCCACCAAGGAGGGGAAAAUCUCAACCAACUUAUCGUAGAGAUGAUCGCCAUUUGGACCAUCGACGUAGCAGAAGUCGGAGUCAUGACCGGCCACAACAUGGAGUUAUUAACACUAUUUCUAGAGGAUUUGCUGGAGGAGGACCAUCGGCCUUGGCGAGGAAGAAAAGUUUGAGGGAGUUGAAAAACGUUCAUAGGGUGGGUGUGAAGAAGUGCUUAGUGCCACCAAUUAUGUUUACCAAUGAAGAUUUCCAUGCUCCCGAUCCCGAGCAAGACGACCCUAUGGUAAUUACUGUUGUUAUCGCUCGGUACAAAAUUGGAAAGGUUCUUAUUGAUCAGGGAAGUUCGGGCCAUCAGGUAGUGGUGAGAAUUGACCAUCCGAUUGCUAAAAUUCUGCGCAAGCUGGACUUGGCAGGGAGAAUAAUAGGUUGGUCAGUGGAGUUGUUUGAGUUUGGAUUGCGUUUCGAGUCGCGCGGAUCAGUACGUGGACAACACUUGACCGAUUUUGCGGCUGAGUUACCUUUAAAAGAGGAACCUUCACAGCCAUGGAAACUCUUUGUAGACGAUUCGUCCGACCGGACAUGA